CUCUUCUCCUCUUCUCUGACUCACUGAGUUCACUCGACUCGGAACCACCGGAAAAAAGAAAAAAUGGGUAUUUGCAUAUCGUCGGAUUCUACGAAUGUUGCUACGGCGAAACUGAUUCUGACCGACGGAACAUUGCUGGAAUACUCGUACCCAGUUAAGGUCUCUUACGUGUUGCAGAAAGAUCCGGCGAGUUUUAUCUGCAACUCCGACGAGAUGGAUUUCGACGACGUCGUUUCCGCCAUUGACGACGGCGACGAGCUCCAACUCGGCCAGCUCUACUUCGCCUUGCCGCUGGACAGGCUCAACCAGCCGCUGCACGCCGAGGAGAUGGCCGCAUUGGCCGUCAAGGCCAGCGCCGCCCUCAUGAAGGCCGGCGGCGAAAAAUGUGGGUCGCGCCGGACUGCGAUCUCGCCGGCGCUGUUUUCCGACGAGGAGUUCGGGAAAGUUCAGCGAAGUGUUGCGAAGAAAGGGAGUGGUAGAAGAAGGAAAUUUACGGCGAAGCUGAGUGCAAUUCCGGAAUAAUGAAGUUUUUUUAGGGCUAAAAUUGUAAAUAUGGUAUGUUUUGGGUUGCUUCUGUGGAUGUUUCGUUUCCGCAUCCCAUGGCAAUGGCAAUGGAGAUUCUUUGUUGUCCAGAUUUACGUAUUUACCCCUGGCGUGUAAAAAGUUAUAAAAAGAUUGAAAAAAAGGGUAAAUUUUGAAUUA